AUGGGAGGCUGCUGUGACAACCACACUUGCGGUGCUGAUGGCCAAGAAUCCAUUCGAGUUGAUCAAGUGGGCAACGAAGAACUCUUGAAUCUCUCGGCAGAUAUCGGAGAGAGCAAUGGCGGUCAUAGAAGACUCUUGAUAACUGCUGCUGUGGAAGAAACAGUUAUCGUCCAUGAUCACACCGGUCGUAAGACCUCAGAGGAAAGGCCCAACGAGGCCCCCGAUACCAACUGCUGCGAGGGGUCUCAAUGCGGAUGCGAUGACGCAUGCUUCGACGAGCUUGCCCGGGUUAUCUGUGCAGACGACGAGACCCACCUUCACGAACACGAAAGCAACUCCACCUAUAGCGACACCUGCUGCGACUCCGAGGCUGGCGGAGACACGGCAGUGAAGACCUACGAGCACUUUGGCGUGCGCAAGAGGUCCAAGAAGACCGUCUCGGAAUCCCACCACGGCUCUUCCAAGCCAGCCUGCGGCACACAUCGUUCCAUUGCCCGUAACCGCUACAACGACACUCUUGCGGCCUUCGGUUGCAUCUGCAAAGCGCUCCUCGCACGCGGUCUUCAGUCCUGCUGCACCACCACGACCCUUGGCCGCAGCGGGAAAGCGGUUGCCCAUUCCCAAACCAGCAAACGCAGCUCGCACCGCCUUGUUGCAGGCCGCACCAGCCACGACAGCACUCGACCUGCCUCUAUCGACUCCUGCUGUGACAAAGGUUGUUGUGACUCUCCAGCGCGCAGCAUCCGAAGCUUUCCCAACAACACCCAUGCGGACGCACGUUCUCUUAACGGCGCGAAGUUGGGCUCGCGGGUCUCGGUGGACACUUGUUGCCGCGGCGGGGGCUGCGGAGGAGAAGACGCUCAGAGCGAACAUACACACGAGAAGGGCGGGCACGCUAUUGUUGACAUCGAGAAGGCCGGGGCCCUUAUCGACGGGCAUGCGAUCUUAGCUAUCAAAGGGAUGACGUGCACUGGGUGCGAGAACAAGCUGAUCCGAACACUCGGGAAGAUCCCCACUAUCGCCAAUUUCAAGACGAGUCUUGUUCUCUGCCGUGCCGAGUUUGACUUCGAUAGCGGCGCCACCGACAUCUCCACGCUCGUCCAGCUCAUUGAGAAACGUUCAGGUUUCGAGGCAGAAGUCAUCACCGCGGCGUCGGUUCACGAUCUCCUUGUCAACGUCCCCAUUUUGCAGCGUGCAGGCUUCGUUGCUGCGGCGAAGCCCUUGGGGGUGGAAGCGAUCACUACCUCGGGGAAGGACACCUUCGUUGUCACCUACCAGCCGCAAGUUAUCGGUGCUCGUGAGAUCUUCAAGUACUACGACUCCUUCACCACGUCGCUUGCCCCAGAGCCGCUGGACCCCUCCAUUGCCGCGGGCGCGAAGCACAUCCGUUCCCUCUCUCUGCGCAUGGUCAUCUCCAUCCUUCUUACGAUCCCGGUGCUGGUCAUGACCUGGGCUCCGCUUCCUUCUAACCCGCGGGGCUACGGCAUAGCGUCGCUUGUCCUCGCUACCAUCGUCCAGACCGCGAUCACCGGACCGUUCUACAUCAGCUCAUUCAAGAGCCUCUUCUUCUCGCGUUUGGUCGAAACGGAGCUGCUUAUCGUUCUCAGCACAACCACGGCCUACGUUUACUCCGUCGUCGCCUUCGCUUAUGAGAUGGCGGGUCAGCCUCUCUCCACUGGACAGUUCUUCGAGACGAGCACCCUUCUCGUCACUCUUAUCAUGGUCGGACAAGUCGUGAGCGCCAUCGCUCGUCAGCGCGCCAUUGAGGCCAUCUCUAUCCGGUCACUCCAAGCACGCACCGCCAUCCUUCUCCUGUCCGAGGGGAAGGAAGAAGUUAUCGACGUCCGCCUCAUGCACUAUGGCGAUUCCUUCAAGGUUCUACCGGAUUCGGCGAUCAUCACCGACGGCGAGGUGCUCAGCGGCGUGAGCAGUGUCGACGAGUCGAUGAUGACGGGCGAGUCGCGUCCUGUGGACAAGGGCCCCGGCGACACUGUGAUCGCUGGAACUUCGAAUGGGCCCAGUCCUCUCGUCGUGAAGGUCACGCGCCUUCCCGGAGAGAACACCAUUAGCGACAUCGCGCGCAUGGUCGACGACGCACGGUUCUCGCGCGCCCGCGUGCAAGAGGCGGUCGACUGGAUCUGUGGAUGGUUCGUUCCCGUUGUCCUCGCCCUCGCGAUCAUCACCUUCGUCGUCUGGGUCGCCGUCGGGAUUGCGGUGCGCAAGCAGUCGGGUGGCGAGGCGGCCGUGACCGCGCUCACGUACGCCGUCUCGGUGCUCGCGGUCUCCUGUCCAUGCGCCAUCGGGCUCGCGGUCCCCAUGGUCAUCCUCAUCGCAGGUGGCGUUGGCGCAAAGUUGGGUCUCGUCUUCAAGGCAGCCACGACCAUCGAGCAGGCUCGCAAGGUUACGCACGUUGUAUUGGACAAGACGGGGACGCUCACCGAGGGCAAGCUCUCGGUCGUCGAUCGUUUCGUCGACAAUCAAAUCGAACAUGACGUCCUUUCUAUAGCGGCGCAGCUCGUUGCAUCCUCUCAUCAUCCAGUCGCGCGCGCGGUCGCGCUAGCCUCGGCACUACAAGCGAUCAGCGCAUCUGUCCAGGACAUUGAGAUGGUCACAGGCAAAGGCAUCCGGGCCACCUUCAACGGCAUGGAGCUCCGCGGAGGCAGCGCCCGAUGGCUCGAGCUUGGCGACGACCCCGCCGUGCAACCGUUUUUGGCGCAAGGCUACACCAUUUUUUGCAGAAGCAUCAAGGUCUCGGUCCUCAGCGGCGACCACCCCGCGGCAGUGCUCGCCACGGCGUCGGCCCUGGGCAUCCCGGCUGAACGCGUUCGGGCGAACUGCCUCCCCGCCGACAAGCAGGCGUACGUGAAGGCGCUGACGGACGCGGGCGAGACGGUGCUCUUCUGUGGUGACGGCACGAACGACGCCGUCGCGCUCGCGCAGGCCGCCAUCGCUCUCGGAUGCGGUGGCCGACGGAUCGCGCUCAACUUCGCGUGGGCGGCGCUGUACAACACCGUCGCGGUGCUCUUCGCCGCGGGCGCGUUCGUCCACGCGCGGAUCCCCCCGGCGUACGCUGGGCUCGGGGAGGUCGUCAGCGUCGUGCCCGUUGUCGCGGUCGCGCUUCAGCUGAAGUGGUUCAGGGCCACGGCCAUGUAA